AUGGGAGAAACGCAGCAGGGGGGUUCAUCGUCUUCUGGGACUGGGAGUGGUGAAGGCGGCAAACAGGAGCUACCAUGGAAAGCCUAUGCGAAGGUGGAAGCCAAGCAUCACAACAAUGGCGAAUGCAUCCCCGUGAUGGUAAGGGUAUCGGGGGUCAGGGAGAAGAGAGGCCCCAUGGACGUUGUCGUCGUCCUGCACGUCCGCAGGGACAAAGACAACAACUUAAAUGCCCCCAAGAACUGGAGAGAGCUGCUUAAGCAAGCCAAUACCGUUGCUGCGAGUCUUCAUGACGAGGACCGGCUCGCCGUCGUCCCCGGCGCAUCAACCUUGACGCCAGCAUGGAGAUUCCUACCUCCGCAGAUUGAAAAUUUUUCACCAGCCAUGUAUAGGGAUACAUCGCUGGUGACAGCCUUGGAACUUGCUGAGUCGAUCUUACUUGGUCGGGAACACGAGCAAAAGAUGAGGCGCGCUGGACACAUUAUUGUGAUCUCCAACAGCAACGAUGGCAUGGGCAGCCUGGUCCCUUAUAGGCACCGCUAUGUCCGCCACGCCUUUGGCUUUCGCGACGCGCACAACACGAGGACCAUGCAAAGUCUGUGCACUAGUAUCCGCAACUGCACCUACUCUGUGUUGGAUGACGAGCAGGGGACCAUCACCUCCGCAGUAGCCGCCGUGCCAACGGAGGUGAAGCUCAAGUGCGAGCAGAAGGUCCUUGUCGCUGCCAUUGAUACGCCCGGAGUGAGGCACUUCAUCUCCUACGACAAGAAGGUUGGCCUGGUUUGGCCUCCCGCCCAUCUCGCUGCCGAGCCCUUCAAGUUUGUGGUCUACCUUGCAAACCUGCCGCUCCGCUGCAGCGACGACGACUUGCACAGGCUGUUCAGCAUUCAGGCAAAGUACAAGUACGGCGGCGGCGACGACGUGUCGUCGUCACCGCCGGUUCACAAGGUCGCCGUGCGGGUGGUCACCAGGCAAAACAACGUCCGUGAAUCCAAGGAGGUGGCAGCAGAGAUGGUGAGGACCCAGGCUGUCAAGAUCGUCGCCGACAUGCUCGCAAUAGAUAAAAUGGACUGGGAGCAGCUCCACAGGGCCGCUGAGUCUCUGAGGGAAAAGUGGAAAAAACUCAAGGAAACCGAUCAUUGCUACAAGGAGGUUGCUGCUGGCGACGACGACGGCGUCAUAUGUGGGCUUUCUGCGGACAUCUACGAGAUGGAGAUGCGUCUCUUCAACAACUACUUCUGGCAGGAGUACAUGCUCUCCUGGCACUCACACCAACGCUGGCAGCUGCCUAUUCCACGGCCAUUCAUGGACAAGCAACCCACCAGGAAUCAACAUCUCCUGGUGGUCGAUCCUGUCGUUGUCCCAUCCCCAGCUGGUGAGGCGCCUGGUGAAGAAGGCCUCCUUCCAGUGCUGGUGCGUGUCAUGGCAUCGGAGGUGGGGUUGGCAAUGGAGAAGCGCGUGCCGGUUGACCUUGUCGUCAUGGUCGACGCCGGCUACGGGGCCAAGGAGAUGGAGGAGACACUUGAGAAGAGACGGAAGCUGCUCAGCAAGGCCAAAGACUUGGAGGAGCAGCACAACUAUGCCAAUCAAAUGGACGAAGAAAUUGAGAGGGUGAAGUACAGGGCUAGAAAAAGGCUGGACGUGAUCACCACGGCCAUUGAGCUGGUUCAGAAAAAGCUUAGCGCCAAGGACCGGCUUGCCAUCAUUUGCGCCCAAUUCCCUGACACUGAACCUGAAGCUGGCCUCUUGAAGAUGUCUACACGAGGACAGUGGCAGACCAACGCCAAGCUGAAAAAAUUCAUGGGGAAGCUGAUGGAGUUGAGUGAAGCCAGCAGGAAGAUUCCAGCUGAAAACAAGCCAAAAUUAUCCAAGGCCCCCAAUUCUUUACGUGCAACUCGUUCUCACACAAAGUGA